AUGGCCGACAUGGAUACGCCAGCUCUGUUCUGGGCUGAGUACACCCCACCAAAGCUCGUGCAUUCGAUGUUCUUGUCCGAGUGGACUGUCGCUACAUCGGUCGAACCGGUGAAGAGGGUCUUCCCUCGUAGGUGGAUUGACAUCCGCGGCAUGAAGAUGAUGGAUCUGUGGGAGGCGGCGCUCCGUGCGGUGAUGGGCGUUGUUCUGUUCAGGCCAGGCAUCUCGCAGAGCGAACUCCGUUGGCACCUUCGCAACGCGUACGACAGAGCGGAAGUAUCAGAGGUCUUGCGUCACCUUCAGGAGGAGAGACAUCUGAAAGCAAGGAUCGCGUCUCGGCCUGACGAGGCGAUCACUUACGACACGCCAGUCGACGAGGACGAAGAGAAGGGGCUGUUCUGGUCUCUCGGAGAAAAGCACUGGUAUCAGGUCUAA